AUGGAUGAGCUAGUUACAACAUUUUUAGCAGUCACAGGAAUAGAAGAUGAGUCUACCGCCAAACAGUACUUAGAUAUCACCAAUAAUGAUUUAGAGUACGCAGUUACCUUAUACAUGGAAUCAAACCCACCGGCUAAUGCUUCUGGUCAGAAUGCAUCUCAUGGAAAUGAUGAAGAAUUAGCCCAAAGACUUCAACAAGAAGCCUAUGGACAUGAUGAUUCGGGUGUUAGAGAAGCAGAUACAAAUAUUCAUAGACACGAGACAUUGGUCGAUUCAUUUGGCGGGGGAUUCACGUCAGCACCUCAUAUUAGCAGACCAGGCGAUAUAUUCGGAGCUGGAAGAGUUGGUGUUUUUAACCAAAGAUAUGAUGAUGAUGGAGAUGAAUUUCAUUUUGGUCGGUUCGAGGAAUUGCCAGAUGACAAUGAUGAUGACGAAGAAGAUGAUGAUGAUGAAGUAAUGGUUUUGGAUAGUGAUGGAGAGGUAAUUGAAAGCGAUAGAGAAAGGCCUCUUUCAAGAAGAAGGGUGAACAGGAACGAAAGAAUGAGUGAGUUAACAUCUACACAAAGAAGACUAGCCAAUUUGUUUAGACCUCCAUUUGAUAUAAUGUCUAAAAUCGAUUUGGAUGCAGCAAAGGCAGAAGGUAGACGCCUGAAAAAGUGGAUUUUAAUAAACAUUCAAGAUUCAUCUGAGUUUGCUUGCCAAGUUUUAAAUAGGGAUUUUUGGUCACAACUGAAAAUCAAGAGUGUUGUUCGUGAAAACUUCAUAUUUUUACAGUAUCAACAUGAUUCACCAAAUGGUACAAAUUACAAAAACUUCUAUUCAAUUGAUAAAUAUCCUCAUAUUUCUAUUUUAGAUCCAUUAACAGGUGAACGAGUAUUCAAAUGGACGGAUGGUGAGAUUCCUGAGUCUGAAACUUGGCUUAAGGAAGUUGAUCAGUUUUUGGAUAAAUUCUCGUUAUUGCCGAAUUCGAAUAAUCCAAUUAUUAACCAUGAAGCUAAAUUUGAUCCAGAUGCGUUAACUGAAGAGCAACAAAUUGAGUUCGCCAUGAAGCAAUCGAUUAUUGAUAACCAAAAUGGUGGCACGACCGCUGAUGAUGCUAUCGAUGUUGAUGAACCAAAUGAAGAAGAUGUCCCUGACAAUAAUUCAGUCCCUGAGGAAGAAAAAGACAAGUUUGCAAGUAUACACGCGCUUAAUCACGAAGAACCAAGUGCUGGAAAUUCGGUAACUCGUAUACAGAUUCGCUUUCCAAAUGGAAAAAGACUUAUUCAUAAAUUCAACUAUGAUGAAGAUACAGUAUUAACACUUUACCAAUAUCUCAAGUAUAUUAUAGAAAAUAGUGAUGCUGAAUAUGGUUUGAGUAAGGAUGAUAGGUUUGUUUUAUCCAAUGUUUCUAAUAAGGCUAAAAAGUCACUAAUUGACUCCUUAGAUUCAACAAUUAAUGAAGCUGAGUUGAAAAAUGCAAGUAUCUUAUUAGAGAAAGAAUAA